CUGCUCCGGGCCGGCAGCGGGCGAUGCCCCGGGGCUGGGCGGCGCCUGAGCGCCCGGGAAGAUGCCGGUGAAGAACAGGUACAACCUGGUGGACGAUGGCUGCGACUCGCGGGUCCCCCUGCACAACGAGGACGCCUUCCAGCACGGGAUCCACUUCCAGGCCAAGUACAUCGGUAGUCUGGAUGUGCCGAGACCCAACAGCCGUGUGGAGAUCGUAGCAGCCAUGAGAAGGAUUCGGUAUGAAUUCAAAGCAAAGAACAUCAAGAAGAAGAAAGUGAGCAUCAUCGUUUCUGUGGACGGGGUGAAGGUAAUUCUGCGCAAGAAGCAGAAGAGAAAAGAAUGGACCUGGGACGAGAGUAAGAUGUUAGUGAUGCACGAUCCUGUCUACAGGAUCUUCUACGUGUCACACGACUCACAGGACCUCAAGAUUUUCAGUUACAUUGCAAGGGAUGGCGCCAACAACUCGUUCAGAUGCAACGUUUUCAAAUCCAAAAAGAAGAGCCAGGCCAUGCGGGUGGUGCGGACGGUGGGCCAGGCCUUUGAGGUGUGUCACAAGCUGAGCCUGCAGCAUGCACUGCAGAACGCGGACGGCCAGGCGGACGGCGCCAGUGACAAGUCUGCGGAAGAGCAGCCGCUAGAAGUUCACCAGCAGGGGAGAGCCAAGAUAGUGGAUGUUGAUGAGGCUGACGUGGACUCCGAUGGCCUUGGCCUGUCUGAGAGGGACACUGAAAAGCUGCCCUCCCCCAUGGGGGAGCUGGGCAUCCUGAAAUCUGGACAGAUCUUAACAGACAAGAGCUGUCAGGAUGCUGAAAACUGCUCCAUCUACCCCUCUGUGUCCCAGCAACUGCUGAGUGCAAGCAGCCCCUGCUCCUCUACUUCGACAACCCCGCUGGCCUCCCAGCACUGCCUGCAGCUCCUCCAGCAUCAGCUACUGCAGCAGCAGCAGCAGACACAGGUGGCUGUGGCACAGGUGCAGUUGCUGAAAGACCAGCUGACUGCCGAAACAGCCGCCCGCAUCGAGGCUCAGGCCCGGGUACGCCAGCUGCUGCUGACCAACCGUGACCUGCUGCAGCACGUCUCCCUGCUGGUAAAGCAGCUGAAGGAGCUGGAGAUCAAGGUGCAGCACAGGCAGUCAGUUGACAGAUCCUUGCAGAACCUGUCCCUGGCUCAGUCCCUGUCUCUGAACCUGAAGAACCAUUACAGCCUGGAAAUCAACCUGCCCUCCACCUCCACCCCAGCCAGUGUCCUGGGCAGCCCGCUGGCCCCUGGCUCGCUGGCUUUGCUGGGCACCAGCGCCUCCUACCUCGACCUCCUGAGCCCGGAGAAAGGCAGCAGGGGCCCAAUGGCCAUGGACGGGGACGAGCGCCUGGUGGUGCUGGAGGGGCAGGAUGGUCUGUACCGGCGGGUGGAGGGCUCUGAGGUCAGCGACCAGGCUCUGCUCAAUGGUGGCAGCAGGCAGAAGGCAGGCGACCCGAGCAGCAGAGCAGAGGACGAGAGGUCUCAGCAGCCCAUCCCCAAACUCAACCCCCCACCGCCCAUCCUGCGGAAGAGAUCGAGCAAGACGUCCCCGAGCCUGGAUGUGGAAUCCAAGCCUGAGAGUGCUGCUCCCACAACGCUGCCCAGCCCCAACGCGUCCAGUCUCACCAGCGUCACCAUCUGCUCGCUCGCCAGCUCGGAGUUUGAGUCGGACGCCAGGACUCCUGCCCCUGGCACGGAGCCUGUCCCCAACCAGGGGGCCCGGCCGUCAUGGGGCAAGGACAGGACUGGCGAGAACGGCCAUGCGUCCCCCAUGUCUGGCACCUCCCGUCCUUCGGAAGGGGCUCCUGCCCCUGGAGAGAUAGCUAGCAAGAACCCAGCGAGAGACGCAGCAGGCACAGCGUGCACCAUGGACAGCACCUUGCCAUUCUCCUCUGCGGGCACCGAAACCUGCUUGCACAUCAGCUUCUCAGAGGAUGAGCUGCUGGAGAACGAGGUGGAUGAGGCCAGGGGGAUCAGCAGGGUCCCUGCUUAGCCCCCAGUUAACUGGAAAGCUGUGCAGGUGCCAUCAUUACCCAAUGUUAGAAUUUAGGUUGGCACAGACCUUGGGGUAACUAGAGUUCUUAGUACUUAGCCAAGGAAGCAGGUUGCCUCCCCUGGCUUCUCUGCAACACGUAGCAGCCAGGCUGGUUUUGUAACGCCCUCCCCAAUAGGCUGCUGGGGGUUACAGGACGAGGUCAGGUUAGUCCGAGCCCCCCCAGUGGUCACAGGCUGUGGGCUGCAGACCCCACUGUGCAGCAGCCAUUGGCUUGGAGAGCAAAUGGUAGAGUGCUGCUACAACCGUCCUCCAAACCCCCAGGUGGCUGAGGGCCUCUCCUUGUCCCGCCGUCCUGCUCCGUGCACAGUCCAGUGCCGCACACGCAGCAGGAUGCCUCUCUGAAACACUGCUCUGGGAAGGUGGUGCUCAUUCACUGCCAUGAUUCUCACUGCCCCAGUCAUGGUCGGCUGCUGUGUCUGCCAGACAGCGCCAUCUUCCGCCACGCCCCAACUUGCCAUCUCCAUUGCUCGCCGGCCAGGCUUUCGCGCCGCUGAACAUGCCUGAACGGCUGUGGUGCCAGUGCAGGUGUCGCUUGUUUACGCCGGCCAGAGGAGGCAAGUCUGUUCCAGUCCGUGUUUGCUCCUUUGCUGCUCAGCCCAGCUGGGGCCCAGGUCUAGGCUCCUCCCCUUCGCCAGCACUGGUGUCUGACUUGUGACAAGCGUCCCCCGAUGCUGUGCAAUACAAGUCUCUUGGCUGGGGGGAUUAGAUCCUGCCUAGCGAGCCCCAAACAACAGGCACAAGUGCAAAUCCUCAGAUGCGCCACUCCUGACCACUUGGGAAUGGAACCAGUUUAUCAGCUUCUUGAACAGGAAACUCUGCAUCGGUAGGGCGGGCCGCAGGCAGAGCAGGACCGGGGUGCUGGCAGGCUCUUUGAAAUGCCCCCUCCAGCUGCUAAGCUGGAGAAUACCAUGGGAAGCUGCCCAGGCAGGGGUAGGCAGAGCACAAUGACCCUGAUUAACAAUCCAAGUCCCCCAGUCUCCCCGCUCCGCAAAGCACUCUGCAUCUGAUGGGAACAGACGGGGCCAGGACGCAGACCUGUUACGCUGGCUCAUGGGUCUGUUCCCUUCUCACACUGAUGCCCCUUGGCUAAUGGGACAGGAAGAACAGCUACUGUGUGGUAGGGGAAAAACUAGCUGGGUACAGACUAGUUCAGCCACCAUUACCAAGGCUAGAGAGUUCACUGUAUCCCCCCAGCAGGGACUGGGACCAUCCCUCUUGGAGGUCACUGCACUGGCUUCAGGCCCUAAACCAUCUGAGGGUUUGAUUGGGAGUGUUGCUGAUGCUAAAAAUCCAUUGUUAGCCUCUGGGCCCUUCCCCCACCCCCGGGCCCUCCUGGGAAUGGAGGGGCAGGAGGCACCUGGCUUCAUUUGUAGUAUGGCCACCAGUCCCAGCCCAGCUUGUAUGCAUGUGACGGGGGCUCUGGCUCCUACUGGGGACAGGAGAGAGGCUUCUUCCUGCACUGGGGGAGUCUGCCCCUAGCACCUCGCCACGCAGCCUUGGCUUCCAGCUUCCCCGGCGCACACUCAUGGAGCUUGGCCGUGUUCCCACUGGUUGCUACAUGGGAGGCACUCAGUAUGGUGUGACGCUGCUCUCUCGAAGUGCCCAGGCCGGGCUAGCUUGGAAGUAGGGGGGGCGCUCACCCAGGAAGAUCAGUGGUGGCUUGUUACUUUCCCCAGACGCGUGUAGGAGAUCACCACAGCAGCUGGGUAGUCUCAGCUUUCCCUACCCCGCCCGCUCCUCUUCUGCCGAAGCUGUGCUCUUACGUGCAGGCAGCUGCUUCGUUGCACGUUCUGACUGGGGGGGAUUGGUCCAAGGUUUGGGUGAUUUACCAGCUUAUGGAUCAGUUUUUAGGCGUAAUGAAAUGUGGGGGUGGCGGUUGGGGGCUGCCCGUAAUGUCAAUGCUGCAAAUGGUUAACAUAGGCCCAGGGCCGUUUAGACGAGGUGGGGUUAAGCAGAUGUAACCCUGCCCCCGAAUGAGUGGUGAAAGCUUCUGCAGGUUGGGGUAAUGGAAGUGAGCAGGCUGGUGUGUUGCAACUGGAUGGGCUGUGCAGCGUGGGGCAAAAUGCAGCCCUGGGCAGAGGAGUCAGAGCAAGGCUUAGCUACCACUUCAUGCUCCCAAGGGCUAGGCACCACAGGGGCCCUCCUUUAGGCUGGCGGGAGCCUUGUGCGGCCUGUACCCUGGCUGACUGCGUGCAGGUGCUGCAGGCUUGGGGGGUGCGGGGGGGUGAGCAGCAGAGGGGAGGACUAAGCCUGGCAGCUGUUAGAUCCAGGGGAUGGGUCGGCCCGCACAGCUCUGGUGAUGCGUGGACCCUGCUGCCUGUCACUGAGGACCAGACCAGCUACAGCUGGGAUGUAUUUCACUGCUAGGAAACACCCUGACCUUGUGCUGAGAAAACAGAAGUGUAGGUACAGUUUAUUACUGGACUUUGAAGGAAAGAAAGGAGAGCAGGACACAGCCUGGCACUGUGGGAUUUCCAUGCAGUGCCCUGCUGCCGGGGCUGUAAUUACAAUUUGUUUUCCACUGGUGCGUGUGCCUGGUGUGUGUUUAUUUCAAAUACCACGGCCCUGAAAGCCCCCUCGUUCCACACUAGGGGCUCUGCGCUGGGGAUGGGAUCUGCCUGCUAGAAGCAACGACAGAGCCGGCAUCCCCAUGUAAACCUGCAGCAUCUCUGAGGCCGUGUCCACAUGAGGAGGCUGCCCCAGCAGAGCUGCACUUUAUACCAGCAUAGUAAUCCCGUCCCCCAGGUGACACCCGCCAGCCUGGUACA